AUGUCACGCCUUCAGAGCUCCACAAAAGAGUGUUAUAAUACAAAUGCUCACCUAGAUUCAAUAAGUAAUUUAAAUAAAUGUAAUGAUAUUUUUAUAAAUAGUAAUUUUUCACAUGAGCGCAAUAUUCCAUAUAUUUUGAAAAUGUAUGCUAAUGAAUUACAUUGCUCAAGCGAUGAACACAAGAGUGAACAAUCUCACAUAAAAAGUGAAAAUUUACUUCAUCAAAGAACUGAACAUAUAAGUGAUAACACAUAUCUAACUAGCAUACUUCAUUCAAGUAACGUAAUUAGUUCACAAAAUGAAAACUGCCAACUUCUGAACAAUAAAACUUUUUAUUCUUAUCUGUCAUCUGUAGAUAAAAAUAUGUACAGUAACGAAAAUAAGAACCAGUCUUCCUGUUUAACCUCAUCAGUAUCAACAAAAAAUAAUCCAGUGGAAAUUUCGUAUAAUGAAGAAUGGAUAAAGUUGGAGAGUAAUGAAGAAUCAAAUUUUAUCCAUAACAAUAAAAGAGAUAACUCUUCAAAUUAUGAAAUAAAAUAUAAUAUGAAAGAUAAUAGAGGAAUUGAUGAUACUGCAAAUAAAACAAAUAAAGAAUUAAGUAAUUUUUAUAGUAAUAAUUCUACAUGCAUUAAAGAUCACACGAAUUCAAAGGAAGAAUCUUUGAAUUUUUUUACUAAAAUAGACAACUCAAAAAAUAAGCAUAUUUUGCUCGAUUGCGAUAACACCAGCAAUGAUGGAUCUUCUUCCUAUGACAAAUCUUGUGAUUCUUCUCAUCAGACUAGUAAAGCUGCUAUUACAAAUAAUUAUCCAUUAAAUUAUUCUGUCAAGAUACCAACCGAAGCAAGCCAUACCCGAGGUGUAAAUACAUGUACUAUAAAGAAGGAAAUUUUAAACAAGUCUACUUCUUCGAAUUGGCAUGAGAACGUUAAUAACGUAUGUUACUCAAAUGGUAAAAUAAAAAUAGAAAAUAAAAUACAAAGUAAAAAUUCUGAUUUACAAAAUAAAAGCAAUUUAUUUGGAGGGGAAAAUGAGGGUGAUUCGUGCUCGGGGAAAAAGAAGCACAAAAUACAUGUAGAAAAAAUAUCUCCGAAUCGUUUGUUAUCAUCACAGAUAGAAGAUAACAAAACAAAAUUUACUGAAAAAAAUUGUAAAAAAAGUAAUACAGAAGAAAAAACGGAUGCUUCGCUUUAUAAUAAAAAGUUAAAAAGUUACUCACUAGAUGAUUUGAAAAAAGGAAAGGUACAAAUUCCAGAUGUUUUAUUUAUGAAGUUACCAUUUAAUUCAAAAGGAGAUAAUUUAAUAGAUUCAUAUAGAAGAAAUAAUAAAUUGCUAAGUUUAAUGAAUGAUUGUAAUGAUUCUGUUAGCCUUAUUUUAAAGUAUCCACAAAUUGAGAAAAAAAAACAAACUAAAACAUUUAAAAUACCAACGGAAAUUUCAUAUAAUAUUAGCAGUAAAAUUGGCUCAUCUAUCAUAUAUAUAGAUGAAUUUGAUAGAAAGAAUUACCAUCCUCAUGUUAAAAAUUUACGCAUGGGGAAAAUAUUUGAAAAACACGUUUUUAGUAUUUUAAAAAAUAAGAAAGAUUUAGGAAGAACAGUAUUUAGUAAAUGUAAUAAAUAUAAAAAAUAUAAAUACAACAACAAAAAAGGCUUCUGGAUAAGUAAUAUUGACAAAAGACGUUUAGUGAACCCUGAAAAAAACGAUAGUUAUAUUACAGAGCUAGUUUAUGAAGAAAAUAAUUCAUAUGAUAAAGAAAUAAGGGAAUUAAUGUAUUGUAAAAAUUAUAAUGUUAUUCCACCUAUACAAGAAUUAUACAAAGAUAAUAAUUUUUAUCUAUUUUUACGAAAAGAAAAAAUGUGCCCUUAUUCUUUAAGACCAACCAUGGCAACUACAAUGCGCAGAUACGACAUAGAUAACAUUUCGGGUUACAAAAAGGUCCAAACAUCGGAAUGUAUUACUGCUGUUUACCCUUCUUAA